AUGCUUGCCAUGCCUGAAAGCAUUCACCUUGGGAAAGUGUCUAUCAAAAUGGAUGAGGGAGGAGAGUUCUCAUCAAUAAGUGUGUAUGUGAGGUUCCAGCGUCGCUAUGUCUUCUACCUACUCACACUCUAUAUACCAUCUACAUUACUGAUAUUCAUUGCCUAUGCAACAUUCUUCUUCAAUCCCCAAGACUUCAAUUCCCGUAUUGUAGUGGCUCUUACAUCACUGCUAGUGCUGUCAUCUCUUUACACACAGACUUCCAACUCCCUGCCAAAGACAUCUUACUUCAAGCUAGUGGACAUAUGGCUAUUCUUCUCUAUAGUGAUGAUCUUUAUUGUAGUACUGCUUCAGACAUUAAUAGAUUUCUCUGCUACAUUUACAAGAAAGAACUUCUUGAGAGUUUGCUGCACUGGAUCUUCUGAAAUGGAUAAAUCACAAGCAAAUAUAAGUCAUGAUAGUGCAAGACAUAACAUUACCAAGGUUGUUGUAUCUAAUAACAUGAGCAAUGAAGAACAUCACCGCAGAGCAAUGACUAAUGGGUGGACGCAGGAUGAGUCAGCAUUGCCACUGAGAUACAGAACUCCAAAUGUUUAUCCUGUCAAUAUACCCCUCAUGAUCAAGAGCAGAUUCCUUAUACCAUUCAUAUUUUCCAUAUUCAACAUGGCUUAUUGGGGUUCAGCAUUGACAUACCUGCACAGUAUAGAAGACUAA